GUUCCCAGUUUUAGCUACUCCUGGAAACCCACUUCGCUGCUCUCCAAGAUCUCGUCUUUGAGCUGAAGAAAUGGCGGAGAAGAAGCAUAGAUUGGUGUCUGUUCCCCUUCUUUCUGUGAUUUGUUCCAUGCUUUACGUGUACUGCUCCACGGUGUUCAUCUUCUUGGACGAAUGGUUGGGCAUUGGGACCGCUUCCGGGAUCUUGAACGCCAUUAUCUUCAGUUGGCUUGCGUUCAUGACCUUUUUCUCUUUCUUUGUUGCGGUUCUCACUGAUCCUGGUAGCGUCCCUCCUUUUUUCGCCCCAGCCGUGGAAGAUGCCCGGCAUGAUAGUGGUGAUGCUGUGUACUGUGAAAAAUGUUGUUCUUACAAGCCUCCACGAACACACCACUGUCGAGUUUGCAAAAGAUGUGUGCUGAAAAUGGAUCAUCACUGCAUAUGGAUUAAUACUUGUGUGGGUUAUAAAAAUUAUAAGUCCUUUGUCAUCUUUGCCCUGCAUGCAUCCUUGGGAUCCUGCUAUGCAAUGGUAAUAUUUGUGAGCAAUCUCAUGCAAAAGGAACAUGAUUUUGGAAUAGUUUCUGCGAAGCUCUUUUACGCGCUGUCUGGACUAGUGAUCCUUAGUGCAAGCUUGAGUUCAACCAGUUUAUUCUGCUGGCAUGUAUAUCUCUUAGCUCAUAACAUGACAACCAUAGAGUAUCGAGGAGCACAAAAAGAUCGUUGGCUUGCGAACAGGAGUGGUCAAAAGUACCGUCAUCCUUUUGAUCUCGGUUUCUUUCAGAAUCUCAUCUUGAUUUUUGGCCCAAACAUGUUGAAAUGGUUUUGCCCUACAGCAGUAGGACAUCUCGGCGAUGGCACUCAGUUCCCGAUUUCAAAUGACUGACUAUUGGUACUGUAAUCUUCUCUGUGAAACAAAGCCUGGAUGAAAUAGAGUGCUGGUUGCUCUUCUUGAAUGUCUAGACAAAUGAUCAGAAGGAUCCCAAUUUGAAGAUGCCAGAUUUUAAUUUCCCUGAUGCACCGUUCAAAUGUAUCAUAAUUCAGUCAAAUUUGAACCCAAAAUUACCAUCAUCAUGCUCAAUUGUCAAGAUUCUUUCUUGUAUAUAGCUUUUGAAAAUAAUACAACAAAUGAAUGAAGAAUUUUUCAUUUUUUCUAGAA